AUGUUGUUGCGGCACUUCCUUAUCGGCGUCGGCAUCGGAAUCGUCGUCGUCGUCGUUCCAGAAGACGUCGCUGCUGAAGACGUCGGCUUCGGUCUGGUUCUUUCCUCAGUUUUCGUUCAAAAUUUGGUUGAAAGAUGGCAUUUUUUAUCAAAUCUGGCGGCCACCUACCUUGCCAAUGUACAAACUUUGUAUGUCCGUGUGAAAAUUUUUCAAUUUCUCAAAUUUUUGAUGAGAAAACGAUUUUUUCUCUUUCUUCAUGGUCUGGAAAAAAUGGUUUCCCUUUUCUUUUUCUUCUUAAUUUUCCUAUCUGAAAGGUUUUAUUUGGUUCAACAGCUACUUUUUGUGUUUUUUCAGAACCCAACAACCUUCUCCUGAAGCCUUAUGGUCAGUUUUCUUUCAAUAAAAAUUUUGAACAAAUAGCCUCGAAAUAUUGCUGAUAGUGCGCUCCACGGUGGACCAACCGGAUCUUUUGCUGUUUCUUGGGCAUUUCUAGUGACCACUUUAGUGGCGUCAGCACUCUUAAGAGGUCCCGAGAAUCGCCCAAACACAGCCGGAGCAUGUCCCCGUUUUGGGUUACUGGGAAAAUUUUUAGUGGCCACUAUAGGGUUUUGACGUUUUAGUGGCCACUAUAGUAGUCAAUUUAGUGACCACUUAAAGGGUUAAAAUUUAGUGGUCUUUAUAUAGGUCUAAGUGCUACUACUAGACCACUAGAAAUUUUAGGGGCCAAUGGAUAAACAUAACUGGUCCAAUAUGUCCGUUUUAAAGUUAUCAGAGUACCUGGAAGGAAUACUGGAUGAAAAACUACUGAAGUUGUCACUAAAACGGAAAAUAGUGGCCCCUUUAGUGUCCUCUGCAAGUAGUCCUUGGCGAGCCUCUAUAGUGGCCACUGAAAAUUUUCCCAUUUUUUCUUCCUUAUUUCGAAAAAAAAAUAUAGUUUUCGUAAAAAAAUAAGGCCCUUAUUAUAAGGCGAGGAACGUUUAAAUUUUUUUUAAUUUGCUUUCCGGAUAUUUUUUUUUAAAUCCCCAUUUUUCUGAACCUUUUUUUCAGAAUUAGGCCAGAGUCCCGAGCGAGCACAGCUACAAAUCAGAAAAAAGCGAUACGGUAACGUCGAAAAUAAUAUUUUCCAAGUCAAGAAGUCCCUUAAGUGGUCCGAUCGAAGCGUUGGCGGAAAACCAAGCUCACCUGGAAGCUUUUGCCCAACAAUUUACGUGAUGGGGAUGAAUAUGUCGUUAGGUGUGUGAUUUUCUCAAUUUAUUCUACCUUUAUACAGAAAAAAAUUUGUUCAGGAACACCCUACAUCGAGCCUUCAACGAAUGGGCGACAGUUUCGGGUGUUUCUUUCGAAGAAAUCGGUGAAAAUUCAAAAGAAACGGAUAUUUCCGUGGCUUUUGAGCGACUCAACCAUGGAGACAACUACCCAUUUGAUGGGAAAGGUCAUUUUUUUUCUUUAUUAUUCAAGAAUGAACAGUUUUAAAAAUGUUUCAUAUCCCUAAAAGCUUCAGAGUAGGAAUUCCGGAGUGGUCCCUGUAGGGGCAACCUUAGGGACUCUUUGGGGACCCCUAUAGGGACCACUAAAGCUCGCAAAAGUGGUCCUUAUAGGGAAAAUUCUAGUCUUUAAUUUUUAUGAAGAAGCAUUUCCAUGGGAAAAACUGGAUAAUAAGCGUUUUUUGAAUGAAAUUGAAUGUCCCCUAUAAGGUCCACUUGAGCUUUAGGGGCUGGGGUCAGAGCCUAAACUCCUAUAGGGACCACUUUAAAUUUACCCCUAUACGGACGACUUUUUUGGCCUCUAUAGAGGUUGUUUUCCCCCUAAACCCUACAGGGAUCACUCUGGAAUUCCUAGGUGGUUUUUCCAAAAUCCAAAGGCUUCUCAAUGCUCUGAAAACAAAUGGUCAGGCAGAAACUGGAAAGCCAACACUUUAAGAUGUUGAUCGGCGUGUUCCCGGAAAAAGUCGGUUGCAGACUUUUUCCUUUGUUUUUCUUUGGUCAAUCGUGUAAUUUCAAGUGGACCAAGUGGAUUCAAGAACUCACGUUCGUUCAAGAAAUAGCUCGAACCAUUUUUCUCGAGUAAAUUAUCAAACUGAGCGCGCAAGUCGCUUUAAGUCGGGAGCUAACCCAUUCCAACUGCGACCAAAAUUUCAAAAACGAACUUUUUUUUUCUGUAGACGGAGUUGUCGCCCACGCAUUCUACCCGAGAGAUGGUCGGUUGCAUUUCGAUGCCGACGAAAAUUGGACUCUAAAUUCGCAGGAAGGCGUCAAUUUGUAUCAGGUUGGUGUGGGUUACUGUAGGACUCGCUUAAGGACACAUUUCAAUUUGAUUAUUUAAUCUUUAAGUGAACACUUGAGUGGUUUGACGCGAGCUUGGGAUGUAAAUGACCACUUCAGAGAUUUCAUUCGAGUUUAUAGGUUUCUAAACUCGAUAGUUCGACUUUUUCGUAUUUCAAAAUCGAAGGGGUCACUUUAGAGGUUUUAAGAGGACUUUGGAGCCUGAAGUGAUCACUUUAGAGGUCUUAAGAGGACUUUAGAGCCUGAAGGGGUCAUUUUAGAGGACUUUAGAGCCUGAAGUGACCACUUUAGAGGUCUUAAGAGGACUUUAGAGCCUGAAGGGGUCAUUUUAGAGGACUUUAGAGCCUGAAGGAGUCCCUUUAGAGAUCUUAAGAGGACUUUAGAAGACUCUAGAGCCUGAAGGGACCAUAUUAGAGGACUUUAGUGCCUGAAGUGACCACUUUAGAGGUCUUAAGAGGACUUUAGAGGGUUUUAAAGCCUGAAGAGGUCGCUUUAGAGGUCUUUAGAGCCUGAAGUGACCACUCUAGAGGUCUCAAGAGGACUUUAGAGGGUUUUAGAGCCUCAAGUGACUACUUUAGAGAUCUUUGGAGGUCUUUAGAGGACUUUAGAGCCUGAAGUGACCACUUUAGAGGUUUUAAGAGAACAUUAGAGGUCUUUAGAGCCUGAAGGGGUCACUCUAGAGGUUUUAAGAAGACUUUAGAGGUCUUCAGAGCCUGAAGGGGUCACUCUAGAGGUCUUGAGAGGACUUUAGAGAAUUUUAGAGCCUCAAGUGACAGUUUUAGAAAACUUAAGAGCCUGAAGGGACCACUUUAGAGGUUUAAAGAGGACUUUAGAGAACUUCAGAGUUUGAAGGGGUUACUUUAGAUGUCUUAAGAGGACUUUAGAGGACUUUAGAGCCUGUAAGGGUCAUUUUAGAGGUUUUAAGAGGACUUUAGAGCCUGAAGGGGUCACUUAAGAGGUCCUUUCAGACGGCAGUCCACGAAAUCGGCCACUUACUCGGAUUGGAACAUUCUGUCGACACUCGAGCUGUGAUGUUCGCCGCGCAACGUCCUUUCAACCCGACUUUCCAACUAGGUUUUUCUUUUCAAAAAAUUGAUCAUCCAUCAAUUUUUCAGCCGAUGACGACGUCAGAGCGGUUAGGACGCUGUUCCCGGUGAAAGAAAUGGCGGAGGUGGAGAAAAUUCCGGAGAAAAUCGACGGAGAGCAAGUUGUGGAGAAUCUGAAAGAUUCUAAAGACGUGAAAGAUUCUGAAAAAGUCAACCGAGAAACUGUUGAAGCUUUUUCUACCGAUCUAAAGGAGCAAAAUGAGAGUAAAGGCAUGAAAGACGAAGAAAAGCCUGUUAGAGGUGUGAAAGCAGCUCCGAAAAAGCUCAGCCAAGGUCCUUCCCUAGUUGGUCCAGCUCAGGAGACUACUCCUCAACCUUCUGGAAGGUCAGAAGAAGCUCCACUUUCAGGAAGUCAAGCCAAACUUGGUCAAGAACCUGGUCCAACUCAGCCAACCAAUCCAGAACAGACUGAUGAUGCUCCAAGACAUGAUCCAGUUCCAAUAAAGUCUACCCAAGAUUCUUCUUUUUCUGGACCACCUGAGCCAAGCCAAAAUGUCACCCUGAAGCUCGAAGGAAGCGCAGAAUCUGCAGUUCAGACCAAGAGAAAGAAGCCUAUAUUGGUCUUCUCAUCUGAAUCCGAAGAGUCCGAUGAGCCUUUUGAUGGCGUCGGAGCGACUUCUUCACCUUCCCCACCAGAAGCGACAUCGACGUCCUCGCCUUCUGAAGCCGAUUCAGUUUCAAGAGGGUCCACGACGCCUUCUACUUCAUCUUCUGAAGCCGUAAACUUCGACGACGACAAUGACUUGGGGUUUCGGCAUCGUCCCCACGUGAUGAAGUUCUACAGCAGCGACGCCUGGUUCUUCCCGUUUCCCCUGCCUCCGCUCAGCCAGUUUCAAGAGCGCAGCGAGCGUUUCAACUUGUAG